GCAGUCAGCAAACUAGAAUUCAGCGAUGAAACAGGAGAUCUUUUACUUGGCGAACCCGAGACGAAAGUCCAGUUUGCUCUUCCCAGUGAUAUGAGCAUCAGUGGAGAUACUAGUCUCUCCUUUUCGCCGAGACCUACUUUGAAGCGUGGUGAAUCGGUAAAAGAUCGCACCCAGUACAGCAUCAUUCAUAAGACUUCAAUGCGCCAUCGGUCUAUCGCUCUUGAUAGCAACGAUAGCGACCUCGCUGAGUUACGAUUUAAGUACCGCACUAAUACUCUUGAACCUAGCAUUGCCGAAUCCAGGGGCACAAUUCCCGUCCCGAGAAGAGGAGCAGAUAGCACCAAUCAGUCAAAAAAUAUGCUAAAAACUUAUAGUAGAAAUCUGGAUGCUAACAGCUCGCCCAGUCGACGUGAUGUAACCCGAAGCCAGAUGAAUACGAUGAAUGUUGAUGACUUGGUGGAUAUGCUUCUUGAAACAACUGUACUCGAGGAGCAAGCUUCAAUUGUGCAUUGUUUGUGGAUGAAACAUGGCCCAGAGUAUAACACAGGUCUCAAUGGGCAGUACGUAACCGUAAAGAUGCUCAUGGAAGAAGUGUAUACGAAGUCUUGCGAGGGUCGUAUGUGGGCACUAGUGCGUCUGACAGCUGGACUGCUUAACAAACGUCUUGAAGAGCUUGGAAAAGCAGUUACUCAUCUGCUUGUAAGACAAAAACAGAUUACGGUAAGCAGUGUUAAGCCUGACAUCAUACACUUAGUUAAACACACCUUUUUCAGGUCGGAAUGCCAUCGAAAAAGGAAGAAGCAAUAA